GCCUGGUCUGCCGCUACUCUACGCGUCAUUACGGCUGCGCGCGAUCCGGCUUGCGUCCAGCUCGUUCGACGUUGACAUAGCUAGCUAGAGAGGUAUAAUUGUGCGCCGCCAGCUGCACCGCCAGACCGCGACACAGCUUGGUGUUGAGCAUUGGACGCGCACUGCAGUUUCUGCGUCUUCUUCUCUCUGCGCCUGCUUUCUCUCUGCAUCUUCUUCGCUGCCCCUUUUGGCCAUCACCGCCGACAUGGCUUCGAAGCGCGUUGCUGACCAGCCCCACGGCUACGAGUUCUUUGGCCCUCCCGGCGCCUUCGUCAUCUCCUUCGGCCUGCCUGUCCUGGUCUAUGUCUUCACCUUCCUGUGCAACGACGUCUCCGGCUGCCCUGCGCCCGUGCUGCUUGCGCCGUCCGCCUUCAGCUUCGACCAGCUGAAGAAGGAGGUCGGGUGGACUGGCGUCGAGGGCCUGCUCAACACCAAUGCCGUCCUGGGCACGCUCGGCUACUACCUGCUCAGCCUGACCCUGCACACCUUCCUGCCCGCCACCCAGGUCGUCGGCACCGAGCUGCGCAGCGGCGGCAAGCUCGACUACCGCUUCAAUGCCUUCAGCUCAGCGCUCUUCACCAUGGCCAUCUUGGGCGCCGGCACCGUCGUGUACGGCGCCGACUGGUCGGUCUGGACCUUCAUCACCGACAACUACGUCGCCAUUCUCACCACCAACAUCCUGAUCUCCUACAUCCUGGCCACCUACGUCUACGUCCGCUCCUUCAGCGUCAAGCACCCCAAGGACCCCGAUAUGCGCGAGCUCGCGGCGGGCGGCCACUCGGGCAACGUGCUGUACGACUGGUUCAUCGGCCGCGAGCUGAACCCCCGCGUUGUGCUCCCCAUCUUUGGCGAGGUCGACAUCAAGGCGUGGUGCGAACUGCGCCCAGGCAUGCUCGGCUGGAUCAUCAUGGACCUGGCCUUCAUCAUGAAGCAGUACCGCAACCACGGCCGUGUCACUGACUCGAUUAUCCUGGUCACCAUUGCACAAGCCGUCUACACCUUCGAUGCGCUAUACAUGGAGCCUGCGAUUCUCACCACUAUCGAUCUGAUCGCCGAUGGUUUCGGCAUGAUGCUCUCCUUCGGCGACCUCGUCUGGGUGCCCUUCACAUACAGCCUCCAGGCCCGCUACCUCUCCGUCUACCCCGUCGACCUCGGCUUCCAGGGCAUUGUCGCAGUCCUCGCCGUCCAGGGCGUUGGCUACUACAUCUUCCGCGCCGUCAACAACGAGAAGAACCGCUUCCGCACCAACCCCGACGACCCGCGCGUCAAGCACCUCAAGUACAUCGAGACUGCUGCUGGUUCCCGCCUCCUCGUGUCUGGCUGGUGGGGCACCGCGCGCCACAUCAAUUACCUGGGCGACUGGUUCAUGAGCUGGUCGUACGUUCUGCCCACCGCCAUGUCCGGUUAUGUCAUCCGCAAUGUCGCCGAGCACCCGAUCCAGUCUGCGCAGAGCGAUGCCUACUUCUUCAAGAACAGCUACGGAAAAUACGUUGUCCCUGACGCUGCAAAGGGCUGGGGCAUGAUCUUCACCUACUUCUUCAUGGUGUACUUUGCCGUGCUGCUCAUCCACCGCGAGCGCCGCGACGAGGAGAAGUGCAAGAGGAAGUACGGCAAGGACUGGGACAGGUAUGUCGAGCUCGUGCCGUACAGAAUCAUCCCGUACGUGUACUAGACGGAAGGGAAAGUGAACGCAGCGCUACCAGCGACGAUGCUGGUCAAAGACGCGCGUCGCGAGACUGAAAAAACGCAAUGCUACCGCGAGACGGUCAAAGACAUGCGUUGUUGUAAGACACAGACACUGAUGGAAUGCUACCGCACGGCCGGUCAAAGACAUACAUCUGGGACCGGUGGAAGAGGAACUGCAACGCGAUCGCGUGACGAUUGAAGACGUGCACGAAAAAUUAGUACAGAUGUAGCGCUAUCGUAUGCGAUUAAAGACGCACAUCACCAUAAUGUAUAUUGUGAGAAUCUACUUCCCUUUCCUAUUCGCAGGUGACUAGACGAUGCAGCGGGCCAUUUUGCCAGAUCGGGCC